AUGGACCAGCUGGUCCACAUCAGCUCGGACCACACGGACAGCGAGGUGAACGGAAACCCGCUUGAAGAAGAGAAAGACCAGCACCCUACGACCAGCACCCUACAACCAGCACCCUACGACCUGCACCCUACAACCAGCACCCUACGACCAGCACCCUACAACCAGCACCCUGCACCCUGCACCCACCCUACGACCAGCACCCUGCACCCUACAACCAGCACCCUGCACCCUACAACCAGCACCCUACGACCAGCACACUACAACCAGCACCCUACGACCAGCACCCUGCACCCUACGACCAGCACCCUACGACCAGCACCCUACAACCAGCACCCUACGACCAGCACCCUACGACCUGCACCCUACAACCAGAACCCUGCACCCUACGACCAGCACCAUACGACCUGCACCCUACAACCAGCACCCUACGACCUGCACCCUACAACCAGCACCCUGCACCCUACGACCAGCACCCUGCACCCUACGACCAGCACCCUACAACCAGCACCCUACAACCAGCACCCUGCACCCUACGACCAGCACCCUACAACCAGCACCCUACGACCAGCACCCUGCACCCUACAACCAGCACCCUACAACCAGCACCCUGCACCCUACGACCAGCACCCUACAACCAGCACCCUACGACCAGCACCCUGCAUCCUGCACCCUACAACCAGCACCCUGCACCCUACAACCAGCACCCUGCACCCUACGACCAGCACCCUACAACCAGCACCCUACGACCAGCACCCUGCACCCUACGACCAGCACCCUACGACCAGCACCCUGCACCCUGCACCCUACGACCAGCACCCUGCACCCUGCACCCUACGACCAGCACCCUACGACCAGCACCCUGCACCCUACAACCAGCACCCUGCACCCUACGACCAGCACCCUACAACCAGCACCCUACGACCAGCACCCUACGACCAGCACCCUGCACCCUAUGACCAGCACCCUACAACCAGCACCCUACGACCAGCACCCUACGACCAGCACCCUACAACCAGCACCCUACGACCAGCACCCUACGACCAGCACCCUGCACCCUACAACCAGCACCCUACGACCAGCACCCUGCACCCUGCACCCUACAACCAGCACCCUACGACCAGCACCCUGCACCCUACGACCAGCACCCUAUGA